AACAACAAUUUUUAUCAAGAGAAAUGAUAAAAUUGAGCAUUUUUCUGAAUAAUGAUAACAACAAAGUUGCUUAAAAUACCGACGAUUUGCUCACUUUGACAGUAGACACAGUUUUCAAGUGGCGCCAAUAUAUACUGAGUGUGACAGUUCGUGGUGUAGUCGCUGUUGCUUCAUACGUUUGUCAAUGCUACAGUAUAUCAAAACAGCAAUUGUUUUUUAAACGUAUUGCAUAGUGGUAGGGCCAAAAUGAGAUCGAAAAGCCGGAGUAAUUCACGGGGUAAACGCGAUUCACGAUCUCGUGGUCGCACCAAUGAUGGACGUAAUAAGAAACGAUACAGUAGUUCGAGUUCAAGUCGUUCGUCGUCCAGUUCAAGUGAUGAAGACAGAUCAAGAAAGCCAGACAAACGAAAUAAUUCGCGAAGAAGUCGAUCCAAAUCGAAUGAUGACCGAUAUAAAGGAUCAUCCUCUUCGCGUCGAGAUCGAUCAGUAUCAAGAGAACGCGGAAAUCGUCGAUACAGACGGAGUCGGUCUAAUUCACGAUCACACAGACGUCGCAGUCGAAGUCAAAACAGUAGAGACCGGCAUGUUCAACGAAAAAAGAGUCGCAGCAGAAGUCGUGACAAUAAAACGGCGCCAGUAAAUGGUACAAAAAAUGAGGAACGUUGGCCAAAUGAUAAAUAUUCGGAAAAUGAUCGAAGAAGAGACACAUCGUAUCGACGACGAGAGAAUGACAACGAAAGGGGCGAAAGAAGAGAUGACCGAAUGGGAAAUGAAUCUCGCAGACGCCAUGGAUUAGGAUAUGAUAAAAAUACCAAGCGACAAUUUGAACAAGAUAUUAUGGAUACACGACGUACAAAACGUGAAGUUAUCGGAAGAGAAGGCACCGCUGUGGUUUGGGGCAGAUCACCAUCGCCAUCCGAAAGAUAUGUAUCGUCGGACGAUGAUGCGAAGAAAAAAGAUGAGAAAAAAUCGAAAAAGAAGAAGAAAAAGGAUGACAAAUCAAAGAAAAAAUCAAAGAAAAGUAAGAAAUCGAAAAAGACUAAAAAAGCCAAAAACAAAAAAGACAGCAAAAAGAAGAAGAAAAAGAAGAAGGUUUCUUCAAGCUCAAGUGAUAGCAGUGAUGAUAGCAGCGGUGAGUCUGAUGCAAGUGGUGGCGAAGAUAUUUGGAUUGAACGGAAUGCUGACAAUCCAUUCAAAAAACCAGAUGCAGUCAGAUCGAAAUCGAAGAGAAGCGAACGAGACGAUGGUGACGAUGAAUCACAGGUCGGACCAUCCGUUCGAAAUACAUCUGGUCUGUCGCACAAAGAUUUUGGUCAUGCAUUGUUACCCGGUGAAGGUGCAGCUAUGGCGGCUUAUAUUGCCGAAGGUAAACGAAUUCCGAGAAGAGGUGAAAUCGGGUUAACAUCCGAUGAAAUUGCGACAUUUGAAAAUGUUGGUUAUGUUAUGAGCGGUAGCCGGCAUCGGCGUAUGGAAGCUGUACGUAUUCGUAAGGAAAAUCAAAUUUAUUCGGCUGAUGAGAAACGAGCAUUGGCCAUGUUUAGCAAAGACGAACGUCAAAAGCGUGAAAAUAAAAUUUUGUCACAAUUCAAAGAUAUGAUUCAAUCAAAACUCAAUCAAGAUAAAUGAUCGCCUCAAAAAUCCAUCAAAUCACAGAAUUACAUAGAUUAAUUUAACAUUUCAAUUGUGAAAAAUGCUCGCAUAUAUCCUGAAUAAAAAUCAUAUUGCCAACCAUAUGGAAGCCAACGAAAAUA